GUGGUCCUGUGUAAACCAGUGAACGUGCAACUCUACGAAAUUGAUCAUGAUCAAUCACAAUAUCGCAUCGAUGAUGAUUCAGAUUCACCAUGUAAUCAACUCGAAAAUGAGUGCAGAACGUAUUGAUUAUUUAUUGCAUUCAAAAUUGUUUGAUGGGAUGAACACUUUAGAAGUUGCAUGGUGAUCGGUCCUGAAUUAUCAGAUUGUACAUAGAGAAGUUUCCCGAACGAAAGUAGCCUAAAAAAAUAAAACACCUGAAAUCAGACUGACAUCAUCAAGGGCUUCCUGGAGACAAUAUGGCGAAUGACUCCCUGCCAGUUACUGGGGUCUGCGUGGUGGCCGACAAAGAGAGAUGCCCUGUUCACUUUCAAGUUAUUGAGAGCACCACAGACGGCCAGGAUGCUGACAUCUGGAAGGACAGCUUCUUCAGGAAGGUCAGGCGAUACCUCUGCUUCACACGCCAACCCGCUCAGGGGAAUGUAGUAUUGACAGACUUUACUGUCAUCAAGGAAGGCGAUCAGAUCCCACAGGGCUACACAUGCAUUCCAACCACUUCAGACUCAAAGGAGCCGGUCCUUAAGAAGAAGGUUGUCAUCGCAAAGUUUGUUAUGAGAAGUUUGGUGAACAGCGCUAUCUGUGAUAUCAGCCUGACCUCCUCAAAGGCCAAAACCCGACCCAUUGAUGCGUCACCAAGGGGAGAGAUCAAUGGUCUAUAUCUGUACCUCAAGUUGGGGACACUUCCAAGCCUUACAUCACAGCCAGUGCCCACACUUCCGUAUAACAGGCCACACUCAGUCAGCAAUCCGCAACCGUACACCAAUAAUGCUAACGUUGGCUAUUAUGGAUCUCCAAGAAAGGCUGAAGAUAGUGCGGCUCCGGCCCAGCCCACGCCUUACCAGUAUCCGUCAAGAGGCAGUACCUUGACCAGGCAGGCAUCCAUGAUACAAACUAAUGCAGCUACAGAGCGAAUACACUCAGCAAUUGAGGGGGUGCCGUUUGAGCUCCACACCUCACUACAGCCAACCGACAACUCACAGGAUUUUCCAACGUUACAGCUCCCGACAGACGAAGAUGUGCUUCUCAGGUACAGCUACGAUUUCAGCACCGAGCGCCAAUCCAAACAGAGGAAUCUUGUCACACUAUGAGGGCGCUCUUCACUUUCGGCCAUAAAAUCUUUCAUUCGCUUGUUCCCUUCACCUUAUAUAUCCAAUGGCGUAUUUCAGUGGCCUUGUCAGUGUUGCAGUGGAGACUGACACUAGUCCUGAAAUGUUGAGACUAGUCAUCGUAAGUUUUCCAGUCGCAAGCCAAGUCACACAACCUAUCUAUUAACUCUAACUCCCUGGGCCUUUUUGCUAGGAUGUAGCCUCAAUCCUGCAAAAUCUUCCAAUUGGCCUCAUGGAAAAAUAGCAUAUAACCUCAAUCC